AUGGGAUUCCCUCAACGUUUUUGUGGUUGGGUGUUUAGCUAUGUUAGAGCUCCCCGCUUCUCUAUUCUCGUUAAUGGCCAGCUGACGGAGAGCAUUGUGGCCGGUUGUGGCUUCCGGCAGGGGUGCCCGUUAUCCCCGUACUUGUUCAUUAUAUGCUCGGAACUUCUAUCGUUGCAUUUCCAUCAGAAUUUUCCCGAGCUGGGUGCCACCAUCCCUAACGUACGAAAAGUCUUGUCGAUCCUUGGUGAUCACUGUGGUUGGACGGGGCAGAAGAUAAACAAGAACAAAUCGGUUAUUUUGUUUAGUAAAACCACUGCUUCCUCUACCAAGUCCCGUCUAGCUAGGCUUGCAGGCUGCCAUAUGGUGGAGGAAAUGGAGUACUUUGGGAUCAAGCUCGCGAUGAGAAGACUGAGGAAAGUGGACUUUAGUCCGCUGCUGCAGAAGAUCCGAAGUCAUACCCUCUCUUGGGGGGUGCUGACUGAAAUUGAGAAGAUCUGUCGAAGUUUCCUUUGGGACCGGGACGCUGAACAUAAGAGCUUACACUAUGCGUCGUGGAGGAGCCUUGCUAGGCCCAGGCGAGUGGGUGGAUUAGGCUUUCAUGAUAGCAGUAACUGGACUGGCCCGCUCAGGGAGCAUAAACGGGGACACUCGGCUGGUUGGAAGGUAAUCUGUAGUGAGGUGGAGAGCCUGGAGGGUUGUGUGAGAUGGAGGAUAUGCACGGGCUCGGAUGUGGAUGUGCUCAAUCAUGUGUGGAUUUUGGAUAUAGCCUUAUCUCGUUGGCCUACUUUUUGCAAUGUUGAGAUGCCUCAGGAUUGCACUGUUGAUGAAUUCAUUACGGGUGAACGGAACUGGAACAAACCAAAGCUUUUGAUAUUCUUUGGUGAGGCAUUGGCUGAUAGGAUCUGUGAUGUUAAAAUUUGGACGGAGCUUGUGGUGGAUACUCUCGAGUUGAUCAAAUGUCCCCUUGGCUCUUCCGUCUCGGCUAUCUGCUACAACAAUGCAUUUCAGGAGGUGGAGGAUCCCUGCUGCCCCAUUCUGAAAAUUGGUUUAAGACCCCGUGUAAGGAUCUUUUGGUGGAGGGUGUCUAAGGAUUUGAUCCCUACCGGUGCAUGGCUGGCUCGCCGUGGCCUCUCUUCGGACAUGGCUUGCCCUUUGGGCUUUAAUCAAGAGGAGAAUAGGGAUCAUAUUACUACGCGGUGCAUGCGGCUUAUGGAGGUCCUGGGCUGGCUGGCGAACUGGGGCUUCAACACUCCCAGGUUUUCUUCGUUUGCCGAGCUCCAACUUGCUUUAGGGGGGGCGCUGCGACGGCCAAGGACCGCUGGGCGGUUUUCUAUUGCGGGGCUGUCUUCCAAUGCUGGGGUACAAGGAACGUAA